GUAUUUCUCCAGAAGUGGGUCUCAACGUGUUUCUUUCCCAGAGUCUCUUGCCAAAGCUUCACUGAAGAAGUAAAUGGAGGGAGGGGAGAGGGAGAGAAAAUAGCACAAACCCCCCAAGCAAGAAAAGCACUCUUGCUGCUGGGGCCCAACUGUGCUGUGCAGGUUGAAUUCCUUCCCAGCUCAGCUUUGCAUUCUGUGACAUCUUGCUGUGUCAAGUCUGAUUACUCUAAUCUUCGACAGGCUUUUUCAAAAGAAGGAACUCUGCUUAGAAGCUGGGCAUGAUCAGCAUGAAAGCUGCCUUUGUGUGUAGCCUCUGGCAGUGUGCAAGGCAGUUGUUAGGUAUAUGAGAAAAAAUGAAUUCUUUACAUGCCAGAGUAAACCAUCAAGGGAAAACUUUUCUGCUCAUCACCUUGAAGAUCCUGCUGCUGCUGCCACUGCUGCUGCUUCUCUGCCUCUCUUUCUCUGUGAGUGAAAUGGGAGUGCAAGGCGCUGCAUGUCGUCAGCACUAUCUCCGGCAUGGGACACAGGAUGUGUCUGUCCACACAUAGUGGCAUUGACAGCAUGGCACAAUUAUAAGGAUCCACUAAAAAACUCCAGUACUGUGUCUUUUGCUCACACACUGCAAAAAGCCAGGAGAGUUAAAUCAAAAUCACUGCGGAGGACGACACAGAACUCCUAAAAUCAUGGGAGCAGCUCAUGGGAAAAAGAAAGAAUACUCUCCUCAGUCCAAAGGUCAUAAGAAAAAUGAAAAACAUGUUAUCAAUGGUUCAGCAUCUAUGUACUCUGAAAUACAGAGAGAGAGGCCUGAUAUUGGAAGUAUCGUGGCUCAUCCAGAUUACAUUGAUGAAAACCCUGAUCUUAUCAAACCUAAAAAACUCCUCAAUCCUGUAAGAGCCUCGAAAAGCCACCAAGAACUUCACAGAGAGCUGCUUAUGAAUCAUAAGAGAGGACUGGGAGUUGAGAGCAAGCCAGAACUUCAGCGAGUCCUGGAGCAUCGGAGACGAAACCAGCUGAUCAAGCAGAGGAAGGAAGAAGAAGAGGCAAAGAAAUUAAAGUCUCCAUUUGAACAAGAGCUCUUGAAGAGGCAACACAAGCUGGAUCAGCUGGAGAGGGAACAAGAAAAGCAAGAAGAAAAUGCACCAGAAUUUAUCAAAGUAAAAGAGAGCCUGAGGAGGACAUCGACAUUCACUGGGACAGAGAAGGUUGCAUAGCAGACAGUAGCAGUAGCAGCUGAACCAUAAAUGGAGGAGGACCUUCUGCUUGGUUGAAUACCUACAUGCUGACAUUUUCGUAUAUGGUGGACAAUCACAGUCAUGUCUUUGGGGCUGCUUACUGUUUAUUAAUUCUUGCUCCUGUAGAAAUUCCAAAGUAGUUUUUUUGUUUUACAUCCAGGAAAGAAUAACAGCCAGAAGGAAAGAAAGAAAGAAAGAAAGAAAGAAAGAAAGAAAGAAAGAAAGAAAGAAAGAAAGAAAGAAAGAAAGAAAGAAAGAAAGAAAGAAAAGUAUUUGGAUGGGAACAUGAUGAGGGAGUGCAGAAUAAUAAUAACCUAAGCCUUCCUCUCAAGUAAUGGGACAAUAAUAGUGCCCUUUCUCAUCCCUUAUUAACCCUGGGCUUAACCCUUGGAGACACAACAUGUGCUCAGCUCAGGACAGUAGAGCUUGCAGAGUGGGAGAUGGAGAUGGUACAGUAUAUGAAGAGCAGGCUAUCAUUAAAUGCCAGGAUUUCAAGUCAUUCAGUAGCAGAACAUUUCUGUGGCUGGUUGUAAAGGAAUUCCAUUUCAGUUGAGCUAACUCUUGGAAUAGCUUGUUGGAAAGCCAGAAAAGAUGGCAAAAAAAGGGAAGAGUCUGUCAGCAGGGAAAGCACCACCAGUUACAGCUCGCUCAUCUAGAUUUUCAUGAUAUUAUGCUGUCUCUGCGUAACACUCCCCAGCAUAUGGAAUUAUAUCAAAAGCGUAUGAGUUUCUGUAGUUUAGUGGUCAUCACGGUCACCUAACACACAAAAGAUUCCCAGAUCAAACUUUAGGAGAAACAGCUAAAUCUUUGGGGAGGGGCUGUCACUCAGUGGUAGAUCAAUAGCUUUGUAUACAUAAGACUCCAGGUUCAAUCCCUGGCAUCUCCACAUAAGGAUGGGAAAGACCCCUGCCUGAAACCCUGGACAGCUGCUGCCAAUCAGUGUUGAUAAUACUGAGCUAGAUAGACCAAUGGUCUAAUUCGUAUUAGGAGGCUUCCCAUGUUCCCAUGUAAUACACCCCUGGGAGGUGGGAAACAUGUAUUGUGUCUCUUUGUUUAUAUUAGGAUGUGGUGGUAGCCCUUUCCUAGGUUCAGUCAUAAAAUAGUAUUUUAGUUUCUUUUUGAAACUCAACAUCCCUUAUAGCUGGUCAAGUUACUAUGAAAAGAGCAGGCUGGGUUCUUUCAUGUGGCAAGAUGCUUCCCAAAUUGUACACAAGCUUUUCAAUCCCUGUACUCUGAAAUGAGCAGGAUAGAGUGAUCAUAUUGCAGAAGGGACCUUUAGGAGCUGUAUGGAGGGUAGAUAAAAGCCACACCUACAAAUCUUGUGCUGAUUUUGGAAUAUGAUUUUCCCUCCCAAGACCAGGAAUCAGAAAAUGAACCAGGAGAAAUGGGUGAGCAGGCUAGAGCUGCUACUGCAUUUUAUUCUUUUUUUGGCUCAAAAAUCAGGUCUAGAAAAAACACAGGACAACAUAGAAAACCAGAAUGCAAUGGACUGUCUGGAUGUUUCAUAAUUAAUAGGUGUACAAAGAAUGACAAUGCCAGAGACAAGGGACAGUGAGGAAGCAACCCCAUGGAGCAGGGGAGAUGGGUCUGUUAUGCAGAUUAUGGACAACAGGUGCUCUUCACAGGUGGAUCUGCCCUGCCCUGCCCUCUUCAAGGGACAUUGAAAAUCUGGACAACAAUUUUUAAAAGCUUUCCUUUGGCCAGAAUAUAGUAUCACGGAAACACAGGAUUCAGUCACUAACAGGAACAAUCUCUAUUCUCUACUUGCAGGUGGAGUUUUUUGUGGUAGUUUGCCUCUAUGGAAACACCAGAGGGACAAACUAGGGCUGACAAUUAUAUAACUCCCUAGUGGUGUUUUCAUAUAUUGCAUCAUAGCACAUUUACAACAUUCCCCCCUCCCCCAAGCAUUCAGUAAACUACUAAAAAAAUACUAGAAACAGAACAAUAGCCACAGCCAGUGGAGGCUGAUGGUUCCUAUAUCAGUGGAAUGGUGAAUCAUCACCAAGUUGAAAGUUCAGACUAAAACCUGGAGCACAUUCACUACUAGGGUUGCCAGGUCAGAAGCAUCCCAUACCCUGAUAUUUGGGGGGCAGGCCCAAGUGAUGUCAUGGGGUGGGUCCAAGUGAUGUCACAGGGUGGGUCCAAGUGAUGUUAUUAACCAUAAUACAUUAGGCAUCAACCACAGUAGCUUGGUGCAUACAGUUCAUAGAAAAACAUUUCUCUGGUUGGAAAUUAAGAUAGAAAUCUUAGCUAAAAGAUGGAGCCUGGGUAGGGAACAUUUAAUCUAGCCAACUCACUUCUGGCAAAAAGAGUUUAAGUGCCCUCAGGUCAGCCCAGUCACCAGAAGGCCAUUGUAGGAAGAAAGGAGCCUAGUGUUGUGGAGAUGUUAGAUGGGAGCACUCAGGAGUACAUAUGGAUGCCCCUGAAGGGCUGCAGUUCUAAAUACACUAAGGGACUAAGCCCCAUUGAACUCAAGAGGACUUACUUCUGAGUAGAUAUGGUUUGGAUUGUGUUGUUGGUAAAGCCUGACUAAGGAUCCUCUGCAAAAAUAUCCAUAUCCAAGUAGGGUUGGCAACCCCCUGCCUGGAAUGUGCCCCUAUCUUUUAACAUGGCUGCUCCAAACUUAUUUGACCCUUCACUUCAGAAAGAGAUUUGAGAAAUGAGUAAGAGUAAGAAGAUUCUCUACCUUUUCCUGCCUCCUCUGUGGGCUGCUAUAAACUCACUUUGACAGCUAACCCAAUUCCAAUGAAUAAUAAUUGACAGAGAGAAAACCCACCUAGUUUGAUCUACUUUCACAGACAGCAGCUUGGGAACAACAGCAAUUGCAGCCACACUUCCCAGUAUGUGAAAUCUCUUUUACCACUAUCGGGCAAGAAGCAAACCAUCAUGCAAACAACAAGGUGCUUCAUCAGUGGGUUUAAGGGGAUUGAGCUGAGCACAUGGAACCACUGUUGUUGCUUCUAUGGAUGAAAAGGAGUGAGGAUUAAGGUAAAUGAAAUGCAAAUAGAAAAAGAAGAACAAAAGACAGUGAUGAUUUCUUAAAUGCAAUACCAUACCAAACACAACAAGAUUCCUACGAGUAAGGCAAAAACCUAAGCAUCUCACAACCAGUCAGGAUUCCUAACCAAAAACCAAAACUAUGAAAAAUGAAGAAAUAUUUGUAUAAGCAUGACUAUCAAAUAUAUUUAUUUACACAACCUGUAAAGACAUUUAUAGUGCAAUCCUACGUUUAUUUAUUCGGAAGCAAGUCCCAAGGUAUUCAGUGGGGCUUACUCAAACAGGGACAGAACUGCAACCUCAAAUGAUAAGCCACUUUGAGCUGUUUUGCAACUGUUUAUACUUGUUUUUAUGGUUAUUGGACUUUAAAGGGAUUUAUUUCUUAUUGUGAGCUGCCUUGGUUUCCAGACUGCAACCCUACCUCAUAGGGUUGUUGGAAAGAUUCCCAUACACACACACACACUGGAGAUGUAAAAACACAUAAUCCCCAUAUAAUAGUUUAUUGUCAAAACCGGUUGAUCACUGCAGAACGUUAAAAAUUCAGUAUUAGUUUACUACAUAAUAUAAACAGUGAUACCUAAGUAAGCCCUGCCUAAUUGCUUUAAAAAUAGGGUUGAAGGGGGAGAGAAAGAUAUACAACACAAACACAAUUCUUUCCUAUGUUCACUCAAACGUCCCAUCACUUUACAGCACAAUCCUAACCAUGUCUACUCAAAAGGAAGUCCUAUUGAAUUCAGUGGGGUUUACUCUGGGUACGAUUACUCUGGAAAAGCAAGUACUGGAUUAAAGCUUCAAUUUGGGAACUUUGCAAAACACUGCCCUCUUCAAAUUUUAAACCUGUCUGACUCUUACACACAAGAGAGAAAAAGACUGAAAGCUUAUUUAUUCAAUCUGUGAGAUGUUCCGAAAAGCAGGAAAAAGCACGUGUCUGAACCUUGGGCCAGUCACUGCCUCUCAGACUCAGAGGGAGGCAAUGGUAAACCCCCUCUGAAUACUGCUUACCAUGAAAACGCUGUUCAUAGGGUUACCAUAAAUUGGAAUAGACCUGAAGGCAGACAAUUCAAUUUGACUCUACAUUUUUGGUUCUAUAAUUCCUUGUCAAUCACAACCCUGAUUUCUUAUUGGCUAAAAACCUGAAAGGGCAGGGAUUAGAGCAGAACUUAGUGCAACUAAGAAGUUGUGGGGGGGCAGCUGACGUUUUGGUGUAUAUCUCUGGAACCAGACCAACUAGAAACUUAAUGUUUUUAAAAAAUGAAAGCUGAAAGUUCAGAGAUUAAGGUGAGUUACCUGGAGACCUGGAGGGGACCCCCAAAAACCAGAGUCUGGCUGAAAAACAGAGGUCUGUAACCCUAUUCACUACCCUACUGACAUCGGAGCCACCAGCCUCCACUCACUACAGCAAAAAUAAUACUAAUACAAACACCACCACCACCACCACAAUGGCUUUAUACAGCAUAAUCUUUCAGAUAAGCAGAUGGAUGUCUCUUGCAUAGCGAACAUUUGGGUACUUUCAGCUAUUAGGAACUCCUUCAGUGGGCUUGUAUUGUCUGGAACUACUGAGGCAGUGUAGCUCAUCCUGGUAGGCACAACUGGACAUGCAGUCUCCUCCAUGUUCUUACUAGUGUCCAUUGCUGGCUCUGAAAGAGAUGUGGCUGGAUUAUUCAACAUUGAGGGAGAAACCUGUUGUGCUGUGGAAAACCCUUUUCCUGAGUCCUUAUAAUUUUCUAAAGCAUGGAGACUCUGCCUCUCAACUGGUCAGCAUGCCUGUGAGCAAUCCCCCAUCUUGUAAGGUGACGGAAUAAGAGAUUGUACCUGUAAUUUUUCCAGUAAUAGCAGGUAUCCAAACUGGUCCUGAGCCAAAAUUCUUAGCAUAAACUAUGUCACCUUAAAAAUA